UUCAGCCAUAAACAGUGUAAAUAAAGGGGGAUAUCAAACGUACAGUAAGCGCCAGGGGUGCUGUGUGUUUAAGAACAGUUUGUACACUAACCGCAUGUUUCAUCCAGGCCAACACAUCGAUUACAUUUUGGCCGUAUUUUCUUUUUUAUCCAUGUUUGCUCGAGCAGGAUCUCUAUCCAGGGUGGCAUGGACCGGCUGCCGAAGAAUGGGAAAUUUUACAUCCUCAACAUCUGUGGCCGGUUCAUCAUGUGUACAGCAUGUUCAGGAGAUGGUGUCACAGAACUGUGUUGUGAUAUUUUCCAAGUCCACCUGUCCUUAUUGCAAAAUGGCCAAGAAUGUGUUCAAUGAAAUUGGUGCGACCUACAAAGUGAUUGAACUGGAUGAGCACAAUGAUGGGAGGAGAAUGCAAGAGGCCUUAGCUCAGAUGACCGGUGCCAGAACGGUGCCGAGAGUCUUCAUUAACGGAAACUGUAUCGGGGGUGGCUCUGAUACCAAACAACUCCAUCAGCAGGGGAAGUUGCGGCCCCUGAUCGAGCAGUGUGCUCCCUGUUGCGCUUCCAGCUCCGACGGCUCGGGUAGCGGACAGUUUGAGUCAGCCAAAUGACUAACCGUUCUUGUCGUUCUUUUCAAUACGGUGUUUAUGAAACAUCUACUUUAUCUCGUGUUGCAAGUUCAACAUUGCUUGAGCAUGACUAUGUUAUAUAUUUAUCAAAGUGCAUUGAAUGUUAGGCUACAUACCUUUUCAUACAGGGAUGUUAUGCAUUAAAGCUGCCAUAUUUAAAACAAAAACUGAACAUGAACGUAUGAUUCAAUUGAGGUCAUUCUUCAUAUGUUGUACGAUUAAUGUAGCUUGUCAUUUUGUUAUGAUUAGCACAUUACAUGUCGCUUGUUAGACGCUUUUAUCCAAAGCGACUUACAUACUCAAUACUGUGGGCAAUCCCCACAGGAGCAAUUUGGGGUGAAGUGUCUUGCCCAGGGACACAACGACAUGCUGACUGCAGUGGGGUUUGAACCUGUGACCUCCUGAUCCAAAUACCAACUCACAACCCACUGCACCACACGCCUCCACAUCAACUUGUAAAUGUAUUUAAACAUCCAAUGUGAAAAAUAUUAUGAUUUUGUAAAACAUUUUUUACCUAGCCGUCGAAGCAUUUGAAAAGUUUACCUGAAAUGUUAGCAGAAGCUAUGUUAUAUUCUGAAUUUCUUUGUUAAACUUAUAUCAGAUGAAUGAAAAGCCGAUUGAAUCAUGAUGCUGGUCCGUGUUAUGAAUACAAAUAUGUAUGGUUGUAUUUAUAACAACAACUCUGAAAUAUUUUCUAAAUGCCUGAAAUGUGUAUUUAUGAAUAUUAAAAAAUAUGAAUGAAACCACCA